CCUGUUGUGAAGUGAAGUGAAUAUUUUAUUGGAUAACAUUUAAAAAUCCGCCGCAGUGCAGGUGCCAUAAAUAUCUUUUAUAAUUAGCGAUAGUUUAGUAACGAAGAAGAAAGUUAUGGACUAUGGAAGAUAUACGCAGAACAAUAUGGAUUGUGCGGUAUGGACGAUCGAAUCAGAAAAAAAUAAUUUAGGUAGGAGUUCACAAGUAAGGACCGCAUUGAAGCGAAAACCCCCAUGCAAGAGAUUGACCAAGCCUUGAAAUCGUGCACGUUUGGCAAAUUUCAAAUCCAAAUCCUGGGGACGGCACUAGUCGCUAUAGUGGCCAGUGUGCUUGUUAGCAACUCGACUGCGUAUUUACUGCCGAAUGCAGAAUGUGACCUGGAUAUGAACUUGGUGCAGAAGGGGAUGCUGAAUGCAUGCCCUUAUACUGGUAUGAUGAUUUCCUCUCUAAUCGCCGGUUUCCUCACGGACCAGUUUGGCCGAAAGCUAUUCCUUGUUGGCGGCUAUUUUGGCAUUUUCUUCUGCACUCUCAUUGCUGGGACCAGCCAAACUUACGGAGUCUUACUUACGGCUAAAUUCUUUGAAGGCGUCUUUUUCGCAUCAUCCUUCAGCCCCACCGUUUCCUACACGUCAGAGUUCUGCCACAAGGAGAUCAGAGACCGUGUGGUGUUGUGCCAGUCGUCCUUCUCCGGGUUCUCUCAAGUCGUCAUCGCUGGCUUGUCCUGGGCGAUCUUCAGUAAUGAGUGGACUGUCAGUCUGUUUGGAGGGUUCAUUGUACUCCACACGUGGAAUUUCUACCUUUACCUGAUGUCACUCUGGUCUUUGACUGCCAGCGUCCUCUACAUGUUGUUACCAGAAAGUCCGAAAUUCCUGAUCACUCAACAAAGGUACGAGGAAGCGCGAGAAAUUCUCAUCCGGAUUUAUGUCCGGAAUACGGGCAAGCCAGCGGAUACUUUUCCGUGUCCAAACCUAUGGAAGUCAGCUAAGCAAAAAAUAAUAGACGAAGCACCGGAAAUAAAAAAUGAAACCCUGUCUCAUCAGCUGAUGGCGGGCUUAUACAAUGUGAAGCCUAUGUUCAGCAUGCCGCUAGUUCUACCGCUGACUGUCAUAUCUUCCAUGGGUUUCCUAACCAUGGCUAUAUACAACGUGCUUAGACUAUGGUUUCCACAGCUCUCAACUGUGGUAGAACACUACAGUAGUACGACUAGCAACGGAGACCUGUGUACUAUGCUAGACGCGUACACGGAAGACCUAAGGAAUAGGACUAGUUUGACUAUGGGGACUAACGUAUGUGUGCCGCACCCGAGCGGCGCAGAGACCUACAUAAACAGCAUGAUAGUCGGCACGGUCUGUUUCUUACCUUACCCGAUCACGGGCAUACUAGUCAACAAAGUGGGCAAAAAGGCCCUUCUUCUAGUCACAGGAGUGAUAUGUGUAUGCGCAACGUUCGGACUCCGAUGGGCUAGCUCAAAGGUAGCUGUUGUGGCCCUGUUUUCUCUGGAGAUCUCUGUGUCGCAAACCAUGAUGAGUUUGCUUCAAGCUAUGACUGUGGACGUGUUCCCGACUAUGAUAAGAACGCUGGCAAUUUCGAUCGUGAUGCUCAUAGGACGUAUCGGCACGUUGACUGGAAACAUACUUUUCCCUAUUCUAUUGGACAUAGGUUGCGUGGUGCCGUUCUUUGGAUUCGGUGGCCUGAUGAUCUUCGUCACCAUAUUGGGAUUAUUCCUGCCAUCAAAGAAACAGUGAUACUUUACCAAGAAAAUACAUUAAUUAAAAUAUUGUACCUGUAAAGAGUAGUGUAAGUUAUUUAAUUAUAAAUUCAAUUUGUACAGGUAGA